AUGCCAGUAUCAGAAGACGACGUAAAACAAAGACUUCAGUCUCUGGAACCCAGCCACCUGGUUCGAUUCUAGUUUUAUGAAAUUUUUAUCCAAUCUUUUUUAGAAAGUCGUUGAUCAGUCCGACGGUUGUGGGGCCAAAUUUUUGAUUGAAGUCGUUUCUGAACAAUUCAACGCCAAGACAACUCUUGCCUCCCAUAGGUUUGUAAAAAGUAAUUUAUAAUAUUUAUUCAAUGAAGUUAUAAUUUCAGAAUAAUCUACGAAAAGCUGGCUGACGUUAUGGACACGAUCCACGCAGUCGAUAUUUCAACUUAUUCGCCAGAAAAAUGGGAACGAUUAAAAAACGCUGCUUGAACAUUUUUUUUAUUGAUUACAUGUACACUUUGACUGGUAAUUUUCAAAUAAACCUGUACUUUUAUUUUGUUCUUUUCGGUUUGGAACCCGUAAAACUCGUCUUGUAUUUCAGUUUUUUUUUCGUUUCAAAAUGCCAUUCUAACCUUUUGAAGAUGUUCGCCGUUCAUUUUGGCCAAGUAUUCCAGAAAUGGCGAUCGAACAGCGGCGGCAACAGCAAGGAGAACGAGGAGACGGAGGAAACCGAGGAGAUUGACGAUGGAGUUUGAAAAAGAAGGGAAAAAAAGGAAAAUUUGAAAAUUUAGAUUGAUAUAGCGACGAGGAAGGCUUUCAACUCGGCCGCUGUUUAUUUACCCAAUGUUAUAGGAACUUUGGAUCGAACCGACACUCUGCAAUUUUAUGGACUGUAUAAGCAGGCCUGUUGCGGGCCUCCAGGUAGGUAAUUAUUUAGAAUGGUGUUCGAAAUAACUGCACCAAGUUCAAAAUUUUCUCUGACUCUUCAAAAUUUAGUUAUCCUUCACAUUUUCUGACGGCUUUUGUAUUUCACGAAAUCACUCUGAAAACGAUAUGAGAAAAUUGAGUGAAAUCGCUUUUUUGUUUCGUUUUUUUUUCGAAGUAUUUUUUCAAAACUUUUUUUAACGUUUUUUUUUGGCUUCAAGCUUACAUGAUUGGAGGCUCUCAAAUGUGCAAAAUGAAACAAGUUUGCUUGGAAACCAUCCAAAUGCCUUAAAAGUGCAAAAAGUUUCACAUUUUCUCUUUUUUUCUGUGUUUAUAACUUUCAAGCUUAAUUUUGAUAGAAAAAACACUUUUCAAUCAUUUUUCUCCAACAAUAUGUCUGUUCGGAAAUCUUCGCUAGGAGUUAAAAAGAGCGAAAAAAAGUUCGUAGAGGUCUUGACACGAAAAGCCUUUAUCACUUCGUCUGCGCUCUCCAUUCUCAUUUUUUCAUCGUGUCAAGACCCUUUAUUCGAUGGCUCAAGCCAGCCUAUGUAGUGUUUGAAGUAAUUUUCGCAAGUUCAAAGUUAUCUCUGACUUUCCAAAAUUCAGUUAUCUUUUUCUUUCUCUGACGGUUAUUUUUGAUUUCGCAAAAUUCCUUUGAACACGGAAUUUCGAAGCUUUUUCACUACACAGAACGAAUUUAUAAACAGAUUUUAGGGUUCUCGAAGUCAAGUUUUGAAAAGACUUUGAAUAUCGAAAAAUAUUCAGACGAGUCGCAACGCCCUUCCUGGUAUGAUGUCCAAUCGCGCGCCAAGUUCGAAUCCUGGCUCAUGAACAAGAAUUUGACGCGCGAAGAGGCGAUGCACGCCUACUGCGAGAAGCUCCGAUAUCAUGCUCCUGACUGGAAUCCGGCGACUUGUUCGGGAGUCCAUGGCUGGGGAAAUAAGCCUAGUCGGAUGGCCGAUAUCGAGGUUUUUUGCAAAAUAUUUUUUCUUCUUUGAAAACAAGUCUCACGCAUUUAUCUCCCCUUAUGAAAAAUAUUUUUAUUUGAAGGAUGUUGAAACUUUAAUGCAGAUUUAAAGCCUUAAGAAUAAUUUUAAUUAAAUGGCCACUGGACAAAGUUUUAAAAAAAUUUCUCAUGUCAUUGCGGUUUUUUCUAAAUUUCAAAUCAUUUAAUCUUGCUAAAAUUAUCCUUUUAACCGUUUUUUUCUACUCAACGGAAAUUUCUAACAGUAUAUUUUUUUGCAAAUACAAAAAUGUUCGAUUUUUUUCACGCAUUUUUUUCGGCCUUCUUUUUGCAAAUUUUGUGAAAAAAAUUUUUUUAGUCGAUUUUUUUGAGGUAAGAAUCAGGUGUAAUUUUUCCGGUAGUUAAGUGAAAAUAUGAUUGUCAGACAUUUUCCCGAGAUAUUCUAAUUUUUAAAUAGUUUCUGCUUUUUUUAUAACACUCUAUUCCAAUCAAUUCUCUGAAAGCUUUUUUAAGAUUUUCACGAAAUAUAUUUUUUCCAGGCGUUUUCCCGAGAUCCUCUGACCUCUAAGUAGAUUCUGCUUCUCAUAAUGUUCUCAAUUUUUUUUUCAAUUCCAGAAGACAUUCGAAAAUCAAAAAAGUCGUGAUUUUACGGAAUAUUUCCUUCAGACAUUUUCCCGCGAUAGCUUAGUCUUGAAAUAAAAUUCGAGCCAAAUUUAUUUGAAAAACUUCUUUCAAAAACAAUUUUUACGAAUUUUUACCGUUCAUUCCCUAGAGCGACUACGAAAACGUCCCGCACGUCCAAGAGACGCGAGUUGAAACUCCGGUGGAGCGCGAAUGGUUCAUGGCGAUGCAAAACGACGACGUGGACAAGAUGAGACGGCUUUUAGCCAAGGACUCGGCUCUCUUGGAAGCCACGGAUCAGCAUCUUGGGGUUUUUUCCGGUUAUAUUGUCGGAAAAUUCAAGAAUCCUGUAGAUGACUGCUCUGUUGUCGGCGGUGGACCGUGGAUGCGAGAAAGUCAUCGAUUUCCUCAUUAUGAACGGCGCCAACGUCAACGCUACCGACUCUUACGGCUCGACCCCAUUGCAUUUCGGUACGUAUUCAGAAGUUUUCAGAAGGUUGAUGGAGACCUUGAAGUCCCUUUGAAACCAUAGAUGGGCAAAUACAGAACUCAAUCAGGCCGGGAGAAGGGGUUGUAAACUUUUUGGAAAAAGCAGGAAUAAAAAAAAUCAAAUUCGAACCUCAGGGAGGUAGUUUUGGCCAAACUGAUACAAGCUUUAGCCUCCGGGAGGUCGUAUUAACUUUAAUUUAGGAUAUCUUGGGAGGAGGGGUCGGUGGCCUUGAAAAAUAGGUUUGAAACAGUUCAAAAUAAAAUUGAGACUGUAAUUUGAAAAUUAACGCCCUUGAAGCCAUUGAUCCCUACAGAAGUACAUCAAAAAUCAUUUUUUGUUCCUCAAAUAAAAAGUUGAGUUCCAGGAGUCCCUAAUAGAAUGACUGCACUAACUACCGAGGAAAGCUGUAGUAGGUCCUAUAGGGAGAAAAAAACCCCCUACAAAUGUAUACUAAAGGGCCCCCUAUUUGACUCCCUAAAUCUCAACUUCCCAGGGCUCACUUCAGGUUUUCCCCGUAACGAACUUUCGGCUCUUGCUUGAAUUAGCGGUUUUUGGUCAUUAUUCUCUCAAUUUGCAAUCUUUGAAGGUUCAUAGUUUUGUCACAAGUUCAACCAGGGGCUAAAAAUGUUCUCUAGCGAGUUUUUUGACAAAUACUGAUAGGAUAAAUCCAAAACAAGGAUUUUUUUGACCAUAGAAAUUCGAAAAGUUGCUCUUAGUCCGUUUUUCGCGACUUGAAAGUGUGGGACUUCUCUGCGCCCUCUUUAUCUUUCGUCUCUCUCUUAUUUACGUGCUGUUUCCAUGUUCCUCUGGCCUCGCAGGUGAGGGAACAGAGAGACGCAGACACGCGAAAACUGUCAAUUCGCGACGGACGCACUAUAAUAUCUCAAAACUUUUUUUUUUCCCAAAUCCCAGAUUGAAACUGUCAAGGGAAUUUUUUGAGUUCGAAUUCGAUAUGUUUUCCUUCAGCCGCCCAGUGCCACAGAGUUCGCGCCGCUGAGCUUCUUUUGGGCGCCGGCGCGGCCAAAAACGUCCAAGAUGCCGACGGGAAAGUCCCAGCCGAGUGCUGCGACGACGCCUUCUUGUCCCAGCUUCUUCGUCCUUAA